UGAGACAAGAUUUACAAAGCAUGGAUGGACUGAAGACCUUCACCGUCUUUGAGGAGGCAGAAGAGGAGGACUACUGGAGUGGCUUUGAUGACUAUAACCACACGUACCUUGAGGAGAGCGAUACACACUGUCAGGCAGGGCUGGGCCUGCAGACCUUCUACAAGGUGUUCAAGCCCGUGCUCUACAGCCUGAUCUUCGUGAUGGGUGUGGCGGGGAACGGUCUGAUGAUCACGGUUCUCCUGACACGCCGACGCCAGCUGCGGAUCACAGAGAUCUAUCUGCUGCACCUGGCCCUGGCCGACCUCCUGCUCCUCUUCACUCUGCCCUUCGACGUGGUGGGCAGUGUCGCCGGCUGGCUGUUUGGAGAGUUCCUCUGCAAGCUCAUGGGCCUGUUGGAAAACCUCAACAUUCUGUGCGGGAGUUUCCUCAUGGCCUGCAUUGGAUUCGACCGCUAUUUAGCCAUCGUCCAUGCGAUCCCGAGCAUGCAAAGUCGCCGUCCGGGAGUGGUGCACGCAACGUGCAUCGUGCUGUGGCUCACCUGUUUGGGUUUAUCAGUGCCAAAUGCCGUCUUUCUCUCUCUGGCAGAGGACAGCAACUCAUCUACAACCGAUUGCUUUUAUUACAGUUACGGUCUGCAUGCACACAACUGGGUUUUGACCAGGAGAGUGUUGCACCAUGUGUGCUUUUUCCUGCCUCUGGCUGUUAUGAGCUACUGCUACACGGCACUGGCAUUCACUCUGUGCAAAAGUCAGAAGAGCCAAACAAAGAAAGGCGCCAUCCGGGUGGCUUUACUUGUGACUGUUGUGUUCUGCGUCUGUUGGCUGCCAUACAACAUCACCCUGAUGGUGGCCACUCUGGCGGACCUGGACGUCAUCACGUACGAGAGCUGCGAGUCGUUCCUCUGGUUGCAGCCAGUCCUGGACGUGACCGAGAGCCUGGGCAUCUCACACUGCUGCCUGAACCCUUUCCUGUAUGCCUUUGUUGGCGUGCGCUUUCGCAAUGAGCUAAUACAGCUGCUUUGUAAACUGGGCUGCAGACGGAUUUGUCUGCCGCUCAUGCGAGCGCAGGGUCACAGUCGAUCGUCUACUUCUGAUGGAGCGACAUCAGUCAGUACCGUGGUCUACUGAUGACCCCGGUGGCGUUUCACUCGCUGUCAUAUAUACUACCAGCUGAUUCUUUAAAUGCAUUUAAAAUGUUUUAUUUACCCAGUCAAUGAAAAAAAAAAAUGUUGGCCAUAAUUUGUUUUUGCUUGCUUUGCAGAUAUUGCUGACAGAAUUAAAUAAAGAUUUCACAUAGUGUACAGCAACCAAGUCCCACUGUCGGGUGUUAUGAAAUAACAGAAAUCAACAACACAAUAACCAAACAUUAGAGGUCCUUAUUAUUCUAUUUUAGACUUCUAUUAAAACACAGUUAUACAGUACAACUGCAAACAAUCACAAAUUGCAUCUUAUGUACAGCAAGUAUAUAUUAUAUUUAUAUAAUUUCUUUGCACAACAGUUUGGUAGUUGGA